AUGGGUUCUGCGUUGAGCGAGGCGCUUGACUUCCAUUUGGAGCUGCUGUAUCUGUUGGUCAAGCUUCGCCAGAUCGUCUGUCAAAGCAGUGAUAAGGCCCUCCGGCGAUUCCCCUGGGUCAACCCCAGAGACCACAUACCGACGCAAGUCCGAGCCGGAACUCAAGUACGCUUGCACCUGUACAGUACAAUCAGCUGUGACUGGCAGAGUUUGCAGAUGAACCAUAUUGAGGACACCGUGUACCGGGAACUCCUGGACAAUCGCCAAGGCGAGGUCAAGCAGAGUGCCAUGUUACCUAUGGAGAGUAUCGACAACUACACGAGAGGUGCCUUUUCGUCGAGCGAGUGGCUGGAGAGUCUCAACAAACAGGCAUCGGCCACUGGUUGGCCGACGUUCUUGGCACGGGACCCCGUUGUUCUCAGAGACACAGGGUUGCUCACAGGACUUCGCCGGAUAUGGGCGAGGCACAGCGAAGCGAAACUGCUGGAGGCACUCGCGUGGCUCCUCGCGCAAAUACUGGGACCCAUUGCGGACGCGAGACUGCUGAGGUUCAGAUAUGCCAACCUCGCCACAACCAACAUCAGGCGCGUUCACUUCUGUGUCAGCGAGGUGGAAGAGAUAUACCGGUUCUUGGUGAUCGUCCUGGCGACAGUCGUCAACUUUCGCGAAAGCCUGCGCCUAAACAUAAGCUCCCAGCUCGCCAUUGUCCAGCAGGCGGCAGGAGCGCUGGUCGGAGCCCUGCCGUGGCUCGACAACGCCACCAAGGUCGCCUCUGGCAAGAAGAUCGCACGGGCCAAGACGCUGUUGUGGCCACCCAACGAUUUCCUCACAGACGACGUGCUGUCCGUGAUGUACUCCGGCUUUCCCCAGGACGUGCUGUCCGCAGACGAGACUUUCGCCGAUCUGUGGCUCCAGUCCAGACAGGCACUUUCCGACCUGGUGACGGACCGGUCUUACGAAGCCACGGCGAUCGACAUGCUGGCAAACACGCGCCUGCCCUUGGCCCAGUACGACUACGUGCGCAACACUGUCCGAAUCUCGGUCCAGGCACUGUCCGCACCGCUGUACUAUCCGCAGGGCACCAACGCCAUGUUCUACGGUGGCCUGGGCUUCGUAUACGCUCGUGAACUCGUCAAGAGCUUUGACGGGGAGGGCGUCACGUUCGACGUGGACGGCAACGUGGGUCUCGACUGGUCUUCGGAUGUCUGGAAGAUCACCAUGGCCGAACGGACGUUCUGUCUUGCGGCCCAGAGUGGCAGCGCCGAAAAACGCGCCCCCAAGGCCGAACACAAUCGCCUCUUCCCCGACAUUCCGGCGCUGGAGGUGGCAUACGCGGCGUUGCAGUGGGCGCUCGCUUUGGAUCCACAUCCGACGAGAGUGCUCGAGCAGUACACCGAGCAGCAGCUGUUCUUCAUCACACUUUGCUACCUCAUGUGUGGCGCAGCUCAUCCGGGCGCCAGGAACUGCAACAAGGCUCUGCGCCACUUUCCGCCCUUCGCCCAGCACUUCAACUGCAAACAGGGCAGCGGGAUGAAAGCAGCCAAGCCGUGCUCGUUGCUCUAUAUCCCAAAUCACAAGAGUGACAGCGACUAG